UUCAGAAUGCGAAGGAUUGUAAAUGUGUGACUUGACAUUACUAUCCUGCUGAUUGUCCAUACUCGGACUCUGCAUUUGUAGCACUGCAUUGAAAACAAUGUCAUCCCUUAGUUCUUCCUCCACUUUCAGAUCUGAGCAUUACAGCAACUACAGGCAACAAUCCUCAGGCGAUCCCUGCUUCGACCAAUACCUACAUGCAGCACGGACUUUAUUUGAAGAUGAAGUGGAAAAAUCAUCAUCCUUCAGGAAUGGUCACUUUUCAAGACCAAGGAAUGAGUCUUUUGGAUACACAGCUCCAGUAUCUGGUCGUCCAGGAAGUCUUGGCAAUGUCAGAACUGUUGGGGAUAUUUAUCAAGUUACAGCUGAUGUCAGUCAGUUUGAUCCGGAAGAAGUUAUUGUUACAAUGUACAAUUACCAUGUUGUCAUCAAAGCAGAAAAGGUGGCUGAAGAUGGAACAAUUCUAAACACUUUCACUCAUAAGAGUCAGCUCCCUGAAGAUAUGGACCCAAUGUCUGUCGGCUGUUCACUGACUGAUGUUGGCAUUCUGAUCAUCAAUAUUAGAAGCAAUCAACUAAAUCAAGCAGAAUCACCUCAGCCAGUUUAUCGAAGUGAAGUUAAGCUGUAGAUGUAGAUGCCUUGGCUUUGUAGCACUCUAUUUACCCAUGCUGCCUCAUCAACAUUAAUUAAAACAACGAUGAAUGUUUAUAUACAA